CUUCUUCCUCCUCUUUCUUCUUCUUCUUCUGUUCCUCCGCUGCCUGACGUCAGCCCGUGGGUCCCGCUCAGUCACGGGCGGCGAGCAUGGCUGGGGGGCGGUGGGCGGCUGCGCUCGCCCUACACUGGGGCCUCCUGCUCAGCUGCGUUGCUGCUGGCAAGGUGGAGGUGUCCAUGCCGCCCGUGGUCGAGGUGGAGCUGGGGGAAACUGCCCGGAUCGAGUGCAACUUCUCCAUCCCUGGAAAUGUUUCCUACAGCAUCAUCAACUGGUUCUACGUGGAGCGGCACAGCAAGGUGAAGCUGUGCUCAGUGCUGCCUGGUGAACUCCUCGAGGACAACACCAGCUACAAGGGACGGCUCUCAGUGGGCCGGGACAACUCCCUCUCCAUUAGCCGUGUCACGGUGCAGGAUGCCAGGCCCAUCGUCUGCCAGGUGGAGGCAGAUGACCAUGGUGCCGGCGAGAACCGCACCGAGCUCCAUGUAUACAAAGCUCCCGAGGCCCCGGAGAUCACGGCCAACAAAGGUGGCGUCUCCGUAAAAAGCAGAGACCUCCCGCAGAUUGCCACGUGUGUGAGCAGGAACAGCUUUCCACCGCCCAACAUCACCUGGUACAAGAACAGGGAACAGCUACACAUGGAGGAGAACAAGGUGAAAAUCUCGGAGACGGUGACCCGCGAGUCCAGCUGGCUCUACACAGUGAGCAGCAGCCUCUUUGCCUCUGUCACACGCGAGGACCGCAACUCCCUCUUCCACUGCGCUGUGCACUACUGGCUGCCGGGGCAGCAGCGCGUCAUGGAGUCGCAGAACGUCAGCGUCAACGUCUUCUACCCCGCGGAGCACGUGACGCUGCUGGUCCUGCCGUCCCCGACACUCGUGAAGGAGGGCGACAAUGUGCAGCUGGUGUGCAAGGCUGAUGGGAACCCAGCUCCCAUGUUCAGCUUCUACAAGAGAGAGUUGGAGGACAACUGGCAGGACCUAUCAUCACUAGCAGAUGCCAACAGUGGGGUACUGAACCUACAUGAUGUCAACAAGAGCAGCAGUGGCCUGUACAAGUGCCAGGCCCUUGAUCUGGAUGAUAUGGAACAGCUGGAGAAAGACGUGGAGCUUGUUGUGAAUUAUAUCGAAGGGGUCAGCGUGAAGAUGGAGCCAUCUUCACCCCUUUGGGAAGGGGACAGCGUGAGGCUGAGCUGCAGUGCCAAUAGCCCUCUAGCCCUCGACUUCCACUGGAGGGAUGCAAAGGGCAAGAUAGUUGCAGAAGGAAAACAGCUUUUGCUGAGCAACCUCACCUUUGAAACCUCCAGCAAUUUCAGCUGCAAGGUGACUGCACACAAAGUGCCGGGGCUGGAGAAGAGCAAGCAGGUGGCUGUAGCUGUCCAAGGGAAGCCACGAAUCGUGUCCAUCAGCUCGCCGCUCUAUGUGCGGCAGGAUGAGGUGGUGAACCUGACCUGCAAGGCGAUCGCUUUCCCCCGGCCCUCCGUGCAGUGGAACAUCAAUGGGACGACUCACGAGUACAUGGAGAACCAGCAUAUUGCCAGCAACUUGACGGUGCGUGUGGACCACAACCUGCUGCAGGCAGGAGCCAUGUGCAGGGUCACCAACGCCCUGGGCACCAGUGAGAAGCACAUCCAGCUGCUGGAUCACAAGGUGCCAGAGAGCAAAGGUGUGAUCAUCGUGGCCAUCAUUGUCUGCAUUCUCGUGGUGGCUGUCCUGGGGUCUGUCAUCUACUUCUUGCACAAGAAGGGCAAGAUUCCAUGCGGCCGAGCGGGCAAACAGGACAUCACCAGGCCAGAGGCGCGUAAAGACAAGAUUGUAGUUGAAGUUAAGUCAGAUAAACUUUCCGAAGAGGCGGGGCUCCUGCAGGGCGCCAACGGUGAGAAGAGACCUGCCGCUGACCAGAGCGAGAAAUACAUCGAUCUGAGAACCUAGUGAGGAGAAUCUGCUCAGUGCUUUCUUCCUUCAGCCCUUUCCUGCUCUUGGAUUCCCCUGUCCCACACCGCUCCAGCGCUUUGGGUGCGCAGCCAGAGACAUUUCCCACCGCGCAGCACUGAGCCCACAAUGCGUGGAGCACCAUCCUCCCUGUCUGACUUGGCAUCACCUCCUGACUUAGCAGCAGCAUACGUGGACUCACUUACUACAGCAGCCAAGUCAUAGGUGAUGUUGGACAGAAAUAACCCAUAGAGCUACCUGCUGCAAGGAUGUGAGCCUUUAUCAGGAAGCUUGUUCUUCCCAGAAGAGUGGGAAAGUUUUUGAUGCAUUUUAGCCUGAACUUGCUCAGAAAAGGUGGCUAAGUAGUGCUUGUGCUCAGAGCUCCCGUGAGACAUCUUGGUCACCUUAGAUGUAGCAGUGUGCAGGUAAGUAGAGUGAGGUGUGCGAGCAGUGGCUGUUAAGUAGGGUUUGCCAGACUGCCUUGAGAACACAGCACUGUUGGGUCUUUGUUUUUUUCCCUUUGAGCUGUUUGUGUCCAGGGGUUUAGCCCCAUGUGUGCGGGCAGUCCUGUGCCGGUAGGGCGCUCCUUAUGAGGUAGAUGUAGUCCUGCUGGAAGGACAGGAGGAGAAUGGGGCAUCAGAGCUCUUGAACACAUGCCAACGGUGCCCUUUAAGGUCUGGUUUAGAGUUGAGGGAACCUUGCUUAGUGAGUUGGGGGGGGGUUCCCUUUCCCUACAGCCUCAGGAAUUUGAUAAUCGUUAGGUAUCAUUAUGGCUACAAGCAGCAGUGGGUGCCAGAGCCCCAUCUAGUUCUGGACUAUUGUGUCACAGCUCAGGUUUUCUUGUGCUGCCAACUAUCAGACCUCCCACCUCCUAAUAAACAUGGUGUGUUUUUUUUGUGCCUCAGUGGCACCCCUGGCUCCACAGCCAUGUCAGUGGGACAGGAACCAGGGGGAGAAGGGAAGAGGCCAGGCAGUCUGCUCUGAGCUUAUGCGGCGGUGCCUCAGUUGGUGCCACUGCUAGUCCCAAAUAACGUCAUAAAGUCUUCGACACAUCCUCCCCGCUAGCA